AUGCCGGGGGCAUCCCCAGGACUCACCAUCCCCGUGGACAUCCCUCCUUUCCGCUUCCAGCCCCGCCGGCUCCCCGUGGACUGGCGUCGCUUCAGCGCCGUCGACGUGGAGCGGGUGGCCCGGGAGGUAGACCUGGCAGCCCUCCAGGACCACAUCUUCUGCAACCUGGAUGGGGAGCGGUGCCCCCACUGUGGUCAGCCGGCUGACCCCGUCCUGCUGAAGGUCCUCAGGAUGGCCCAGCUGAGCAUGGAGUACCUGCUGCAUUGCCAGGAGCACCUGGGGACCAGCCUGGCCCUGCACGCCCAACGCCUAGAAGAUGCCCACGCCAAGCUGGCUUGCACCCAGCAGCAGGCAGCGGAGCAGGAGGCCCAGCUCCGGGCGGAGAAGGAGGAGAGCAGGAGGUGGAAGAAGCUGCUCGCCACGCAGCAGAUCCUCCUGCAAGCCGGCCCCAGCGCCUACUGCAAGUGCCACCUCUGCAACAAAGCCUUCAUGAACGACUCCUUCCUGCAAGCCCACGUGCAGCGCCGGCACAUGGAGGCCACCAAGGCGGGCUUUGCAGAGGGGCAGAAGAGGAAGCAGGUGGAGCAAAUGGAGGAUGAGGUGGAGGAGCUGAAGGCGAAGCUGCAGGAGACACAGCAGCAGCUGGAAGUGGAGAGGGAAGCGGGGAAGAUGCUCAGGGAGCAGGAAAUGGAGAGAGCUCGCCAGCGAGAAGAGGAGGGCAGGAGAGAUUUGGAAAGAUGGAAAGAGGAGGAGAGGAUGAAGCUGCACGAAGAGCUAGAUGGCCUGAGGCAACUCUUCCUCACAGCAUUCCAGGACAUGGCCAGCAGGAACAGUGCCAUGGAGAAGAAACUGCAGGAGCUUCAGGCCAGAGAGGCGAAGGUGUCCAACCUGGGGACACUGCGGGAUGAUGACACCGAAGAGGCGCCGUGGCAGAUCCCAAGACCAGCAGAGCUGCAGGGAGAGCAGGAGAGGAUGGCAGUACAGAUCAAGCUGCUCUCUGCAAGCAAACCUGAAGUGACCCAGGAGGUGACCAAAGUGUUGGCUGUUGAAGAGCCAUCAGCUGGAGGUGGUGAGAAGGCUGCCCGGGGUGGGAAGCAGAGGCUGCUGGAAGCCCUGAGGAGAAACCCAAACCUCCUGAAGCAGUUUCGGCCCAUCCUGGAGGAAGUGCUGGAGGAAAAGCUGGAGAGCAUGGGGGUCAAGAAGGUUGCGAAGGGGAUCUCCACUCGGACCUACAAAAGCCUCCAGGCUCUGGUCAGGCUUCAGCAGCAACAGAAGGCUGAGAAAUUUCCUGGUCUCCUCCACCUGAGGGAUGAGUUGGUCCGAGAAGUCAUGAGGAAAGUCAGGCGAUGCAAGAAGCCCAGCAGUGCUUUACCUCGACAGCGCUCCAUCAUCCCAGCUCAAAGCCUGAAGACCCCCAGGUCCCUUCGUGGGUCACAGCCCAUGGCAAUACCAGCUGCAUUAGAGCCUGAAGCCUCGGUGGUACCCCAGCCUUCUCCUCGGAGCAGACCCCGCUCCACCCACAGCCCCCCGAGGACUCCCUGGGGCACCCUGCAGAUGUCCAAAGCCAGUAGCCCCCGUCGAGGAAUUGCCCCACGGCGGAGCCCAGAAGUGGUGCUAGGGGGGAAGAAGCCCACCCUGUCCCCGGUGAAGCUCAGCCCUUUCUCUGCAGCGGCGCAGGGGGAUGAGACUGACUCUGAGGGGUCAGACCAGGACUGGCUGGAGGAAAUUGCUGGUUCAGGGACAGCCACCUCCACCACGGUGAAGCUCUUGGAGAGACACCUGGAAGCAGUGGCACGGAGACCACAUGGCAGGGUGAAAAGCCUCCCAGCCCUGAGCUCAGCAUUGCCAAAAAACAGCCAGCCCACCAAGAAAUUCCAGUUUGCAGGUGACAGCAGUGACCUGGAGACCUCCUCCUUGGAGGACCUGGCCAGGCCACCAGAGCUGAGGGCUGCUGAUGUUUGGGGGACCACCAGGGCCCUGGGGAACCCCUCUGCAAGGGGAUGCAGGGUGGUGGCAGGGAAGUGA